AUGACCUCGUCCUUCGCAAGUCUCAAGGCUGCCAGAGCCAACAGGCAGAAACCGCUCGCUUCGAGAGACAGGCAUGCCGUACCGAGCCCUGAUGUUCGUGAAGAACCGAUCGACCCGGCAGAGGCCAUACCGAUGAACACCACGCCCAUCGAUACGGAGCCUAAUCCACCUCAAAAAAAUAAUCAGCUACCUGAAACGAUUGAGUUGGAACCUGCCGCUCUGAUCGAGCGUUCGACAGCCACUGGAGAACCGUCUGUCCCUGUCAAAGGUCUGCCUCGAUACGCAGAUCUCCCAUCAGACAAGCUCGAGAUCCGGAUCGCCAGAACAACUGGUCGAGGAUUAAACGUGAAAUCUGGAUCCUCGAUAAAGAAAGGCGAAUCGAUAAUCAAAACUCAACCCAUAGCGUCCGCCCUCUCUUCCAGCCGCCUGAGCUCGAGGUGUAGUCGAUGUUGGUUGGACGAGCGGGAACUAUCCGUCGCACAGGGGAAAAUGCACGAGUACGAGAGCCGGGUCGGAGCUGUUCAGCUUUCUGGGAAGCAGAAAGAAGAGGAGGAGGAGAAGGGGUUGAAGAGGUGUACGGGUUGCAAGGUGGUCAGAUAUUGCUCUACUGACUGUCAAACCGCCGACUGGCCGUCCCAUGCUCAAGAAUGCCGAGCCCUCAAACGACUCCGCCGAGUGACCCGUAAAAACAAACAACGCACAAGAAUCCAACCUCAGACCCCCGCUCAGGCUGAAGAGACCCGGUUAUUGAAAGCAAUGACUGGAGAAGAUGAUGAGGAAGGAGGGGUACCAGGGUGGAUCCCUCCGGAUGAGGUGAGGCUAUUGGGAAAGUUGGUCUGGGGGAGGAGGAAGGCCAGGGAGAAGGGAGGUCCUCAGGCAGAGGGCGAGUAUUGGGCUCCCAUCGCCGAGAUGCAAUCUCAUAGAUCAAAUCUAGACACACCCCAGCGCGAACCGUUUGCUAGGCUCGCUUUGAGGUUGAACCAGUACCUCUCGUCUGCCGAGCCGCUCAAGGAGGGGGAGAAGGAGGAAGAGCUCAUACCGGUGGAUAUGAGUAAUUACGGGUUCAGGGAUGUACCUGAGGUCUUGGACCUCUGUACUGCUUUCGGCUCCAAUUCGUUUACCUUGGCAUCCUCCUCCUUAGAACCCAUCGGGACGGCCGUAUCCCCCUUGCUUUCGUUUCUGAAUCACUCUUGCGAGCCCAAUGCGGUCGUCGUCUUUCCGAAUGGAGGCGCAGCGAAUGAAGGCAAGGGAAUGGAACUCGUCGCCUUGCGUGAUAUUGACAGUGAGGAAGAGGUCUCGACCUGCUAUGUUGAUGUCGCUUCGCCAUAUCACAUGCGCCAGAAGGAAUUACAAGAAACAUACCACUUCGAUUGUCGUUGUUCUCUCUGCACAAUAACGCAGGCCGGCAAAGUAGACCCGAGGUGGGCUUUACGACACCCAGCUUGUGGAGGUCCGGUGCAGAUGCCAGAAAUUGACGCGACCCUCAUGAGACCAGACCUGAGCUUGAAGACCGAUGCGUCCGUGCGGUGUGAGACGUGUCAAGAAUCCUACACAGUGGAUGUGGAGCGCCUGAACAACCUGAUAGAGUUUAGCGAGCAGCUGUUGCAGGAGGACGCGCAUGGUCUGCUCGGUGAUUUCCACGCUUCGAAAGUCCCCUCCAUUACGGAUGCUUUAUCAGAAUACUUCCUCCCUUCAAGCUACCCCUUCCUUCCCUUACUUCGACUCCGGAGCUUGCUUGCCUCGCGACCGACACCUACGAUGCCCGGGCAGCCGAUGGCCGAGACGGUGAAAGAUCUGUUCGACGCAAUUGAAAGCCAGGCGAUGGUAUGGAAAGGGAUGAAGGCUGUAUAUCCCACCGGACACCCAAGCUUGGGCUUGGCUUUGACCGAGUUGGGGAAACUCCUAAACCUGGACGCUGAAGCCGAGGCUGGCGCGGAUCAAACAGCGCCAAAGCCGACAUCAACGUCGAGCGAGGUUGGAGCACAGCGGCAACUCCCCGUCCACGCUUCGGAUCGCCUAGGUCUCGCCAGAGAAACUCUGAUCAUGGCCUUGGAACAACUCAAGAUCGGGUUUGGCACGACAGGCGGAUUGGUCGGAAGCGAGGUAGAAGGGGUUCUGGAAGGGUUACAGAAAGAGAUGCAAUUCAAAGGGUUGAUUGCGUAA